AUGGCCCCCGGUACUAGAAAUCACCCAACCCGAGAGGGAUCUUCUGGUUCUAACCAGAAUGAUAACCCGGACCAUCUGGUCGCAGCUGCUACCCAAUUCUUUCAAUCUAUGGUUAGCGGCCAAUUUAUGGCGCCUAGAGCUCCACAAGCCGGUUGUACUUUGGAGCAAUUUUCUCGUCAGCAUCCUCCUACGUUCGAUGGCAGAUUGAAUUCCAUGGAUGCAGAAAGCUGGAUCGAUCGUAUAGAGCAGAUUUUUGAAGUGCUCUACUGCACUGAUGAUCAGAAGGUCAAAUACGCCACGUACCACUUGACUGAUAUGGCAAACAAGUGGUGGAAGUCAACCCUGGCUUUGGUUCAGCUGGAACUAGGGGAAGCAGUCCCCAUUACUUGGGAGCAUUUCAAGAAAAUCUUUUUGGACCACUUCUUUCCACAAACUCUUCAGGAGUCGAGAGCUUGCCAGUUUAUGGAUCUUACUCAAGGAUCUAUGACGGUAGCGCAAUAUGCUACAACGUUCAUGGAGCUUUCUCGUUUUGCUAUUUACUUAAUUCCGGAUGAGGAAAAGAAGGCUGAAAAAUUUGAGCGUGGACUGGAUCGUAGGAUUCGAGAACGUGUCCGUACUCUCAGGAUUCUGAGUUUCACAGAGCUAGUCACCCGAGCUACCAUUGCUGAAGAAGACCUCCAAGAGAACAUCGAGUACAACAAUCAAAGGAAGCGCCAGCAACAGCAACAACCCCAAGCAGUAUCGCAUAAGGACAAGAGGCCUCACAUUAUGAAUCGUCAAGGUCAACCACCAGCAGGGCAAACUUACCCCACGUGUGCAACAUGUGGGAAACGAAAUUUGGGAAGGUGCAUGUUUGGCCAGAACGUGUGUUUCAAGUGUGGGAAGCCAAACCAUCUAGCUCGGGACUGCCCAGUUAAGAAACCUGGGGAACCGGGUAGGAACGGAGGACAGAAGACGCAUGCUACAGCCAGAGUUUAUGCCCUUACCCCUAUUGAUGCUGAAGCAUCAAAUGAUGUAGUCACAGGCACGUUAUCGUUGUUUUCACGUCAUGCCUCCAUUUUAUUCGACUCUGGUGCUAUUCAUUCUUUCAUUUCUAAUCAUUAUGCACAUUUGGCUGAGAAGAUACCUGAACCGCUAGAACCUAGUAUGUCUGUUGCUACGCCCUCGGGAGAUCAUAUUAUUUGUGAUUCUGUGCUAAUUGGUUGUCCGAUAGAGAUUCAAGGGAGAAUUCUACCUGCGGACUUAAUCGUAUUUGAUAUGUCCGGAGUUGACGUGAUUCUGGGAAUGGACUGGUUAUCCCAGAACCAUGCAUGUGUGGAUUGCUUUAAUAAGCGAGUGAUCUUUAAAUGCACAGAUGGGGAGGAGUUUAGUUUUCAGUCUGUACGAGAAACUUCCCCUCCCCGUGUAAUCUCAGCUUUGCAGGCCACCAGACUUUUGAGACAAGGGUGCAUGGGAUUCCUGGAGUACCUCAGGAUAGAGAAGUUGAGUUCGUGA